AUGGUGGCCUACGAGGAAGUCGAUGAACAAGACGAUGAGCAAGAAGCUUCGGACAGGUUCGCUGCCUGCACGCCACAAGCCACAACCCCGCGGAGUCCAACGUCGAGCCCACGAGACAUAAAGAAGACGACGAAGAAGAAGCGAACGCCACUACGGAUGAAGGAUGUGAUGGGUCGGCCAUCGAACAAGAAGAGCGCACGGGACCAGGACGAGGAGGCGAGGGACCGGCGCCUCCGGCGGGAGGCCGACGUGGAGGCGAAGGCCGACCGGAUCAUGGGGCAGGUGCUGGCCUACGCCCGGCUGCACCACGUGUGGCGAGCCUCCCUGCCGGCGCAGCCGGAGCGAGAGGCUUGA